AUGACGCUACCCUGGGCCCUCGCAAUCCUGAGCCUCCUGCCUCUGCUGGAGGCCCAGAAGCUGCCAUGUGCCAACCUGACUGCAACACCUAUCACCAAUGCCACCUUAGAAUGGAUCUCUGGCAAGUGGUUUUAUAUCGCCUCGGCCUUUCGAAAUCCUGAGUACAAGCAGGAGGCUCAAGCGAUCCAAGCGGACUUCUUUUACUUCACUGCCAACCUGACGGAGGACACUGUACUGCUCAGAGAAUACCAGACCAAGGGGGACAAGUGUAUCUAUAACUCCAGCUACCUGAAGGUCCAGCGAGAAAAUGGGUCCCUCUCCAAAUAUGAGGUGGGUAGAGAACAUGUUGGCUACUUGGUGCUCCUCCAGGACCCGAGGACCUUCAUAUUUACCGCCUACCCAGAAGACAAGCAGAACCAGGGACUGUCCUUCUACACUGACAAGCCGGAGGCCACCCAGGAGCAGCUGGAAGUGUUCCAUGAAUGCGGGCCGCUGGAGACGCAGCUCGAGGAGGAGAGGAAUAAGAGAACAGAGGAGUCCUAG